UCAUUUGAAUAAUUGAAUAGUUAAGUGAGCUAGUGGAUGAAAUAGAACAAAAAUACAGUUGAUUUAAAUAAUAACGAACAAGUGAGUAAAAGUGAAGUGUUUAUCGGAAUUGUUUAAUAUAAGUUUAUUAUAGAUUAAUAAACAAAAAAAUGAAUUAAUGUUUAUGUUAAUAUGGCUGCGAUGCAUUACAAUACGACAAUGGUAGCUGAGGAUAUUCAUUCACGUCAUCCAAGACAUACUUAUAGUUUAGAUGAAGCUGGUGGUGGAUCACCUAGUUCUGAAGAAGCUAGAUCACCAGUUGCUGGAUCACCCGUUGGAUCCACCGUUGGUUAUACCAAUGCCAAUGAAUCAAGAAGAGAUUCUGAUAAUGAUGCAAUCAAUUCACGGUUGAUUAAUUACGACUCGUUCAAGUUUAAUGAUGAUAAUCAAAGAAAUUCGUUUCGGGAAGAACAUCCGGCUACGAAACGUUAUCGUAAAAAUCAAAGUGAUGAUAGAAUUUGCGGAGAAACCGGGAUGUGCGCAUCACCAUCAGAUGACAAUGAAAGUCAUAAUGAACAACCUUCAUCGGAAAGACACCAACGUGGUACAACGGGAAAAACAUCUUUUUGCAUUGAUGCACUUCUUGGAAGGGCGACAGGAAAUAAUCAAAUUCGGCAUUCAGAUGUCGAAACGUCAUUAAGACUUUCAACGUCUAGAAGAGAUUUAGACGACGAUUCCGAAACUCGUGGAUCCGAAUCACUUCUACCACCGCCUUCACGAACAAGUUCCGGUUCUUUAGGCAAUCCACUGCAUCCAUUUGUGCCUCGAAUCGAACGGAACCCUGUGGUAUUGAGUCCAAUUACCAAUUCACGGAUGCUUCAUGCUAUUAGGGAAUCGAAUAGUAUGCGUUUAUCAUCAUCGUAUGAUAGAUUUGCUGGUACCCCAGAAGACUUGGCAACAGACGUAUCUCGUUAUGACAGAAAUAAUGAUGGUAAUCAGGAAGAUGAUGCAACUACUGACGUAGAUGUCGAAGAAAUGAGAGAUGAUGAUAAUCAAAGAAGAACCAGUAGUGCUAGUCCUGGAAGCAAUGGAAGUCAUAGUCCUGCAUCAAGUCCGCCAAUUUCACCAGGUUCAGAAGACCUUAUGUCCAAUCCGCUCAAUAAUUCGGGAAUAAGUAUUGUUGGCCAUCCAAACAAUCGAACAGAUAAUCUAUCUUGCGGGCCAUAUAGUCUAGGUGCUACAGGAGUCAAUGUAGCCGUCGCUAUGAGACAGAGCCAGCAAGGUCUUUUAUUACAUUCAGGUAGUCCUCUGAUACAUCCCUCGGGACUUUACUACCACCCGGCAGGGUCUACAAGUGCUUUUCACUCUAUACACAAAGACGCACAGUCUUUAGGUCAUACAAGGGCUGGAACCGCCGGCAGUGGAGCUGGCUCGACUGCUCCACCACAUCCUUCACCGUCACAACAACAAUCACAUCAUAUUUAUCCAUUACAACUUGAGUGGCUUGCGAGAACUGGGAUGCUUUAUCCAAGACUACCUGCUGAUUUAGCUGGUUGUGCAGCUCAACAUGCGCUUUUAGGUAAAACAAGACGACCCAGAACGGCAUUUACGUCACAACAAUUACUCGAAUUGGAAAAACAAUUUCGACAAAAUAAAUAUCUGAGCAGACCUAAAAGAUUUGAAGUUGCGACUUCGCUUAUGUUAACUGAAACCCAGGUAAAAAUUUGGUUUCAAAAUCGACGAAUGAAAUGGAAACGAAGUAAAAAAGCACAACAAGAAGCACGUACUGUGAAAUCCGAUGAUUCAGGGACAUCGUCAACAGCACCAGCAGCAACAACAACGACAACCACAACAACAACAACUGGGAGUGCCGGACGAACAAAUUCGUUGACGGCACGUGAAUCUGCAAGCAGCAGUAAUAUUAAUAGUGAAGUUGGUGCUACCUCGAGUGCCAGCUCAACUGCUUCAAAUUCAGCAGCAGUUAAUCCUACCAUCGGAUCACAGUCUGAUGAAACUCGUGGUAAUUCACACGACAAUCAUCCAAGACUACUUAGCGAGCUUCGUGAACCUCUUUACAGGCCUUACGUUGUUUGAAUCUUUUAAUUUUAUCUAACAUUCGUAAUUAUAAUUUUACCUGUAAAUAUACUUAGUUCGUAGU